GUAUUUCAACAUCAAACCGGACAACAUCCACAAACCAUCUUGGCUAGUGCGAAGGAUUCACGUGUUCCAUUGUCCCGCCCGAACGGUGGUCUGGAUUCGGCAGUCACGGAUUCCGAGAAGCACCACGCGAAACCCAUCACGACGGCUUACAGGCUGGCCGCAAGUAUCAUGAAACGACCGGAACCGGUGUCUAAGGCAGACUCUAUUGAGUCCAGUCCCCUGUUUACUCGGCUUUCCACAGUUUGUGAUGCACUACCCUAUUCACGAUCAACCAUCUCCCCGGUCAGUACACUUGUUCCUCCCGUUCCGACCCAACGAACGAACCAGGUCCCAACCGUGCCGAUCAAUCGACGCAAUCUUCCACGCCUCGGACGUCGUGAUCGAUGUGAGUAUUGUGGGAAAAUUUUUAAAAAUUGCAGUAAUCUGACUGUGCAUCGACGUAGUCAUACGGGUGAGAAACCUUACGCAUGCAAACUGUGCCCGUAUGCGUGCGCGCAAUCGUCCAAAUUAACACGUCAUAUGCGUACACACGGCUAUCCCACAGUCCGAGUCGGAACCGAGCUGACUUGUUCCAAAUGUCAUACUCCAUUCCUGUUGACUAGCCCCCUGGAACGACAUAUGCGCAAAUGUGUGCGUAAUUCGACCAUUAUGGACACAUCGGGACAGGGGGAUGGACACAAACGGGACGAGUCCAAUCGUCAGGAGUUGGGCACACACAACCCGGUCGGUGUGUAUCCGGUCAAAUCGCAACGGGACCAAUCGUUACGGGAAGAACGGAUUCGAAUCGUACCUGGAUGGUGUUCAUCAACCGUCUCAUCUGUUCGAUCCAGAUCCUCGUCAGAUUCGGUACAGACAACAUCUUUAUCAAGCGGUUAA